AUGAAUAGACAGAUGUUUCGAAUAGAAGGAAAAAGACAGGCGCUGGUGCACAUCGGGGCGGUGCUGGUGCUGGCAUGCAGUGCGCUCGGGAGCGUGUUUGUGGGGCAGGAGGCAGGCAGGGACGGGCUCAAAGGGCAGGAGGAAAAAGCAGAGCCGGGGGCGGUGCUAGAAGAGUAUAAGGAAAAGCUGAGCAAAGCAGAGGAGCGUAUUGCGGAGCUGGAGGCGGUACUACAAGAGCAAGAAGAAGAGUUUGAAGCCGAACGAAGGGUGACUGCAUGGCGGAUAGUGGAAUUGAAAAAAUGUGUUGCAGGGCUGGAGGCAGAGCUGAAAAGGCAAGGAGAAGAGUUUAGCGCCGAAAGAAAGCAGCUGGAGGCGCGGGCGAGGAAAGGCCAGGAGGAAAGUGUGUUUUUAAAGAGUGUGCUAGAUGAGCAAAGAGAGGACUUAGAGGAUGAGAGAAGAGAGCAUGCAGAGGAGCUGGAGAGAAGCCAGGAGGAAAAAGCAGAGCCAGGGGCGGUGCUAGAAGAGUAUAAAGAAAAGCUGAGCAAAGCGGAGGCGCGGAUUGCAGAGCUGGAGGCGAAGGCAAAGGAGAGGAUACGGUAUUCGGGGAAUUUCAUAAAGAACUAUAGAGAUAACGAAAAGAAGAAGCUGCAGGCGAUUAUUCGGGGAGGGGAUUGA